AUGACUAGUCCAUUCAGUCCACUUGCAAACAUACUAAAAGAAAAGCGAUUAACUGGAUUUAAUUAUAUCGAUUGGAAAAGGCAACUAGAUAUUGUACUCACAUAUGAGGGGUUGAAUUAUGUGCUUACUACUCCUAGACCUUCUCCACCUUUGCCUGAGGAUCCUCCUGAGGAGCAUGAAGUUUUUAAGAAAUGGAAUAAAGCAGAUGAGAUGACUAGGUGCUACAUUCUUGCUUCACUCUCGAAUGUACUCCAAAGUCAACAUCUUCAAUAUCUCACUUCUGCAGACAUCAUACUUAACCUUAAGGAAAUGUUUAGGCAAAUUGGUAAGAGUGCAUGCCAAAAUGCUAUGACAAAUUUGAUGACCAUUAAGAUGGUCCAAGGAAUUCUAGGAGUCCAGAAGCCUCAAUGA